GUUUGUACUCGCAUCCUUACGUAAUACCUACCGAAUUUCAAAAACUUCCAAUCAAACACAUCAUCUUAGAGCGCGUAUCUCGAAAGUUUCAUCCCAUAAAUAUAUUGAUACCUCGAUCAACAACUUCACAGAUGCUGGUUACGCAUCCAACAAGCAGGCCGUUCGGUCAAACUCUUCUUUUCAUAUAUCCUUAGAGUUAAUACAGUGGUUGAUUUAUCGUCGUUGAUUUUUUCAUUCCCACUUACUUAUUGGUUUUUACGGAUCCUUUCUUACUUAUUACAGUGCCCUUCUUUGUUCCUUUCAGCCUUCCGUUCCCGUCUCUGAACCUUUUUCCCACGUUCACACAUCCCGCCAAUACGCUGAAAGAAUGCAGAACCAUUCCAAUCCUCGGCCUCAGAAUAGCAACAGUAUAUAAGACCCGCAUUCCGUUUUCGCUUCUAUCUCGAGUGCAUCCUUUCAUACGUUUUUUAAACGAAAUUACAAAUCUAACGCUAACCUAUUCAGUAAUCCAUUGCUUUUGUGCUAACCCCACGUUGUUGAGCUACCAUCUAUUCAUUCCCGAUUAUUCUCAACGAACCACCGUCUGAUAACUGAAAUAUUCCCCGUCCACCUACCGACAUGGUAACAAGCGCCAUGAGUUCCGUUGCCUUUACGACGACCUCGCCGUCCGCUGGAAUCGGCCCGCAAGGUACGAUGGCUUCCGUUGCGAAUGGCAACUAUAGAGCUACCGCCGAUGGAGGCAGCAAGUACGUAGCUAAUGGAAGCUCGGGUUCGGGUUCGGGUUCAGGAAGGAUGCCUUUUCGCCAUAUAAAUGACUUAGUUUCCGUUGAGGUCUACCUCGACCCUCACACUCCACUUCGGAAAAUGCUCGAGGUUGGCGAUACUCACAUGCGCCAAGCGACGACUUUCCGCGACUUCAAGCGCCCGGAUCUCGCGUUACAGGAGUAUAUUAAAGCUUUCACGAUCGCUGUUGAUAAGAUUCCUAGGCACAAGGACUACCCAUCUAUGAAAACCGACCGGGGAGAUCUAAAUCGUUUAUACAAUGCUCUUAAGAUGAAGAUUACUACCAAUGGCGCUGCUUUCGAUCAGAUCAAAGAGGAUAUUAAGGAAGAUAAUAAGCGAAGUGGAGUGCAGCCGACGGUGGCCUCACAACCCCCCGAUGACGCUACCACCCUGACCCGGCCUGGUUCGUCUUCAAGGGCGCAGGCGCCCGUUCGAACCAACGGGUCUACAGAUCUAGGGAAUGCUGGACUUGGCAAGGAACACGACAGACUAGUCAAGGAAAACGCCGGGCAGAGUGCGAAUAACAAUGCUGGUGCAGUGUUUAAAUCGAAACCACCAGUACACCCGAAGCCUCAGGCAUUACACGGUAACGCCAUAACACAGACCUCGAAGGCCAGCCCGGAAGACCUUACCGAUCGUUUUGCGCGGUUACGCGAUACCCGAAAAGCUGGGAAUUCUGUACUAGCCAUGCCCAAACUUCCGGAGGCAAUUUAUAGUCCCGCGAGAGGUACUGUGACGAGCGAGGUCGCUAACCUUCCAUCGAGUACGCCACGCGGCAUGUUUAGCCGAACGAAUUCGACCGCAUCAAGUCCCACCGUUUCCGCUCGGAUACCAACGGACUUUCCAAUCAGAACCUUGAGCAAAGAGCGGUUUGUUACCGCCCACUCAUACGAAGCGACUCAAUCGCCAAUAACGCAAACUAACGUACGGAUACCCGAGGGAGAUACCAUUACAGCUAGCGCGCUCGUAAAUCUUACAAAACAGGGCUCUCCUAGUAUUGAAAUUCUCGUAAUCGACGUCCGUGAUCGCGAGUCUUUUGACGCGGGUCAUAUUAGUUCCACUAGGACAAUUUGCAUCGAGCCCGAGAUUCUCAUGCGAGAGAACAUCUCUGCGGACGAAAUAGUCGAUAGUAUGGUGCUUGCUCCACCAAACGAGAUUGCUGCGCUUGAGCAGCGCGAUCGAGUUGAUUUGAUUGUUAUCUAUAAUGAAGACAGCACUUCGAUUCCGACUAGGAUAACCGGCAACCCCUCAGAAAUGGUUCUACGCAAUUUAUGGCAAGCAUUAUCAUAUUAUAACUAUAAUAAACCCCUUAAGGGUAGCCUCAAGCUAUUAAGCGGUGGUCUAAGCUCGUGGGUGUACGAAUAUGGAUACCAAUCUCUCGAGACUUCUAGCACAGUAUCAGAUAUAUAUCCUCAAAGCAAGAGUUCGGCUCGAAGAUAUCGAAGCAAGACCAAGACACUUAGCCGAGAUGAGAUUAACCAUUUCGAGGACAUUAUCAAAAAGGAUCAGACAGGGGCGUCUGACUUUGACUAUGCUAAGACUAGGGAAGACUUCAUACGGCGGUUUCCGAGCAUAACAGGUGCCCCCGAAUCAAUGACUUCUCCCGUAGUUCCAUAUGAGGGAGAUUACUUUGAUGGUAUAUCGCCUGCACCCCCAAGGAGACCGGCGCCUGCUAUCCCAAGAGUAAGAUAUAGUGGAUUGGACUCUAGGGAUGACUCAAGCAUUGGCGGCGUGGCCAUGGCAGCCUCUGCCACUCCUCUGGUUUUAUUAACCGGGCUAAUCAAUCCUGGUACUGCAUGCUACUGCAAUACUACUAUACAGGCGCUGCUCGCGUCACCCGGAUUCGUUGAAGAUUUUGUUGACCCAGCAUUUCCCGAAAACUGGCGUGCCUCGGAGGUGAAAGAGCCCACGCGCCCGCAAUUGUUGGCCAAGAUAAUGAAGAACUUGUUUUUAUGGAUGAGAAGGCGGCAAUUCAAAGUAAUGAGACCCGAAACGCUCAUGCAUUAUUUACGCGCUAUACACGAGGGAUACGUAAAUGGAAACCAGCGUAUGCGACUUGGCGAUGGUAAUCAGCACGAUGUUGACGAAUUGACACUUUUCAUAUUCGGCCAACUUGCGUCCGAGACUAACAUAGCGAUCACCAAAAUUAUGGUGGCACAGCCAGAUGCACCAGCAGGUCCGCACCGGGAAGUCGUCCAGGAGACAAUUCAUAGAUCUUGGCAGCUCUUUACUGGCGAUGAUGGGGCCUCGUUUAUAGACAAGCAUUUUGGGUACACACAGGUAGACGUAAGGCAUUGUACCAAAUGUCAGACUCGCGUCGUACUUUCUUCACACGACCGCACAUUGUACCUUACCCCUAAGCCACCACGAGCGACCAUAUUCGGAGCCUUUAGGGAUGAAAUAUUCAACACCGAAGAAAUCGAAGUCAAUUGUGACAAGCAGGGUUGCGGGGGAACAAGGGGUGUAGUACAGCGCCGACUAGCGAGACACCCACCCUUGCUUCGCGUAUACAUCAGGAGGACGCCCUUCACCUUCAAUGUGGAGAAUCGCUUUAAGAAGAGUUCAACGCCAGUAGAUUUCCCUUUGGAAUUCGACCCCGCGGAGUUUGCCCUAGACGUGGGUCAGCGGGAAGCCGCCGCCUCAGUUUUACAACACCAUUCUAGCGCCAAUGAAGGGUUUACUUAUGACGAUGGUUUGCGCGGUAAACCAAAGUACGUGCUUUACGCCGUUCAGGUCCACCAGGGCAAGUCGCUUGAUGGUGGCCAUUAUUGGGCCUGGGUCAGAGAUAAGGAAAACACUACCAAGUGGAUCCGGGUUGAGGAUGACAAGGUCAAUAGCUACGCAGCGUCUGCAUGGGAUAGGACACAUCAAGACUUACAGAAUUGCCCGCGAGAUGUUACACCAAUGCAGCUUUGGUACAAGCGGGAUGAUAUUAAAUGGGAAUAUCCAGUGCAGCCGAUUCAUGAGCUGUUGCCCGAGAAAAAGUAGUCUUAAUAAUUGAGACGAGAUAUUCCGGCGGCUGGAGAUAACGGGAUAUUACUACAUGCCGUCCUGGCGUGAAUAGUAUUAUGGCUGCUGGAAACGUCUGGAAAGCAUCGGCAUAUUGCCACGAUUAACGAAUUAUAGAAGGGGCGGGUGGUGUUUUCCAAUGGCUUAUUCACCCCUCCUCUACAUGCAUGAUCCCCAAGGCGAAGUACAUAUAUACGUGGCUACGAGUGGGGUGUGGGAUGUUGCAUAUGAAAACGGAGUUGUAUCUGGGAGCGAGGCCUUGUAUAUAUCUACCGCAUAUAUAUCGAGGACGUGUUUGGUUAUAUGCCGACUUGCUCUCUUCGUUUGGAGUAGUUAGUUGUCUUGUUUUCUUGCUUUUUGCUACUGAUGUAGAGAAGAGGAAUUGCUACGCAUAUACCCCAUAGUCAAUUUAAUAUGUGCUUGCUCGAG